UUGGAAGUGUUGUCGAAAACAGGUAUCAACGGUAAUGGCAUGAUUUCUUUGGACCAGAAUGAUAACCACCCAGGUGGGGUUUUCUCACAGGCAAAUCCGAUUCAUUGGCUCUUUCCACUGCACACAACGAAGCGAUCAAAGGAUUCAUCAUGCUCAGCGGAGAUUACAUCAACAAAGGCGAACUGCAAAUCAAGUUACCCAAUUACCAUGCCGACACGCCCAUCAAGGCUACCAUUGCUGGCUCCACACCGUAUUUUCUCGAACAAGUGCAACAGGCCAAUAACUAUUUGGCGUUGGCGCGAAAGCAGACCGAGGCGCUGGAAGCCCCGUUUGCCAAACAAUCCAUUAUUGCACUAUUGGAUGAUGUGUGCCAGUUUGUCGACCGUGCUCAGCAUGCUUUUGAUUAUCCGAAUGAAGCAUCGUUAUUUCCGUACAAAGUGUGUCAGCCAAAGUUUUUCAACCCUCCACUGAAGCAAGAUCUCGUCAUCGAAUUCUGUUUGAACGAUGUAUAUGUUGUUUGCAAUGUGUAUGCGUUGGAUGUAUCACGGCAUCUUCAUCACAAGGCCGGUCAUGAUCAUCGUCAGAUGUAAGUGAGCAAUGGGGAACUUGAAGAUGCCCGAUUUCGAAAAAAAGUCUCACGGUAGUACCAGAACCUACAAAGAUAACACCGCCUACGUGUUGGAUGAAGCCGCAACACAGACCCAGUCCCCUAUGUUAACGGAACUGAAAUCAUUAUUGAAGGUGAUCCGAGAAUUAUGCCAAACGUACCGACAAAUGUUGUUGCAGAUCGAAGUAUAGCUUGCAAAAAAAAAAUGAAAAUGUCACC